AUGGGCAUGGCCUCUACUCGAUUUGGCAAGAACAACCCCCCCGCAUUCACACCAGCCUCUUCCUCCGAGCUUCCCCCGGACCUGCUAAACCCCAACCCCUUCCUGGUCGCCGAGACGCUCCUGAGACGGAACGGCGGAUUCCGGCCGGCGGAAGGGCUAAACCUGCUAAUCCCGGCCUGGCUCCAGUUCAACAACCACGACUGGUUCAACCACGGGCGCGACGCGGCCGCGCCGCCGCUGUGCUUACCGAUGGGGGCCCUGUCGGACGCGGAUCCACUCGGUUCCGCAGCCCGGAACGGCAGCGGAACAUUGGAACAGGGGGCUGAAUGUUUCAACCUUACGCGCACCCAGCAGUCGAGUCGGCCGGGGACUUUUGCCAAUACUGUGACGCACUGGUGGGACGCUUCGCAGCUGUACGGUUCGGACAAUCUGACGCAGGGGGGCCUUCGGACGUACGAGGGGGGGGAGAUUUGCACAGUGAAGGGGCCGUUUGGAGAGGAUCGGCUGCCGAGGGAGAGCGAAACCGGGUUACCGGUGACCGGGUUUAACGACGACUGGUGGAUGGGGCUCAGUUUGAUGCACACGCUGUUUGUGAAGGAGCACAACGCAGUGGCGCAGGCGAUCCAAGCGGCCGACCUGUCUCUCUCCGACGAAGAACUGUUCCAAAAGGCGCGGCUCGUCAUUGCGGCGGAGAUUGCCAAAAUCCAUACCCUCGAAUGGAUGCCCACAAUUCUUGGAUUCAACCCGGUGCUUUCCUCCGGGUUGGACAUCAUCUGGCACGGCCUUAGCGCAGACCUGCCCAUCCCGUCGGGUUUUGACACCGGGAUCCUGCAGAGCCCAGCAGUUCGGGGCAUCGCCGACAAGACCUACUACGCCGGGACGCCUUUCUCCAUCACCGAGGAAUUUGCGGCGGUCUCCCGAAUGCACUCUCUGCUGCCGGAGACGAUAACGCUCCUGCCAAACAGCACCGUUAACGGGGGCCCGGCAAAUGUGACGGUGUAUCCGGUCAGCAACACGUCGUUUGCGGGGGCGGAGGCGCUGCUCGACCGGCAUAGCAUCCAGGAAUGGCUGACCGCUUUUGGAACCGGCACCCCCGGCGCGCUGACGCUGAACAACUACCCUGACUUCCUCGCCACACUAGUUCACCCGACGAGGGGAUCCCUCAACAUGGCCGCCAUCGACAUCGUGCGCGACCGCGAGCGCGGCGUACUGCGCUACAACGCGCUCCGGCGCGCGCUGCGGCUCACCCCCAUCACGACCUUCGAAGACCUCACGCCAAACGCGACGGUCGUGUCCCUGCUCCGCUCCGUCUACUCCAGCGCUGAUGACGUGGACCUCCUCGUCGGCUGCCUCGCGGAGGAGCCGCGGCCGCGGGGUUUUUCGUUCGGCGAGACCGCAUUCACACUCAUCCUGCAAAUGGCCUCUCGCCUCCUCAAGACCGACCGCUUCUUCCAGGAGGCCUUCACGCCCAACGUGUACUCGCAGACGGGGAUUGACUGGGUCAACAACGCAACGUUCAAAAACGUGCUUCUGCGCCACUUCCCGGAGCUCGCCCCCGCCCUCGCCGGUCUCCCUAACCCGUUCGUAACCUGCAACCCUUUCGGCCAAACCAGCCAACCACCGACCGCCAACUCCUUCCUCCCGAGCGCCUACGACGUGGCGACCGCAAAGCUCGCCGCCCGCGGAAAAGGUCGCCCGGGGCUUCAGAAUCGAGCGCCCCAGCCACUUUCCGCGGCUGACAUUUUCGAGCAGAACCUGGCAAACCAACCGGACAUAAGCUUUGACGAUCUGCCCGGUAACCCGGUGGUUGACUGCCGGGUUAGUAAGUUGUUAGCCCCCGUGAAAACCUGUCUCGGGGGGGUGUCUCAGCGGUGUUGCGAAGCGAUCGACGCAGCGUUCGCGCCUGGCGCAAAUGCGUCGACCAGAAACUGUUUGUGCUUGCCGACGGUCGCGGCCGCGGGGCGGCAGGUCGCGCGCGGGUUUGGGGUCGACUUCGAAACGGUUUUGUCCGACUGUUGGAUGGACUACGGGCUGCAAACCAACUGGUUUGGCGAGAUCAACGGCCACUGCCCGGCGUUCCCGUCGCAAUCCGACCCGUACACGUGGCGCGCGCUCGCGCCCAACAUGGUCGUUCUGCUCCUCAUCUACUGGGCGUUAUGUGCCGCCGCGGAUUCCGCGCUCCGCCGCUGGGCGCCGCCCUACCGGAACCUCUCGCCGCUCAAGCAGCGGAACGUCGCGACGUACUUCCUCGAGGUCCUGGUGACGUCAGCGGCGCUCGCGCUGACGCUGACGUACGGCUCGGACGUCCUCUUGUACGGCCGCACCGGAUCGCCCAACGUGCGGAUCGGCUUACUGCUGAUAGCGACGCUCUACGUGUUCGAGCUGAUCUACCGGAACGAGACCGGAAUUCCGCUCCUGCUGCACCAUCUCAUCACGGUCCUGCUGCUCGUGCUGCUCGUUUUUUCGAGCAAAGACAACGCGCCGUCGGCCGAGGCGCGUAUCGUUCAGCGGUUUGGGCUGCUCAUAUCGCUCCACGCGUCCACGGAGCAGCUCACGUUCGUGGGGCUCGCCAUGUACCGGCUGGGCCACCCCUGGGCCGCGCGCGUCAUGAAGAUCUCCACGUGGCAGGUCCUCGUCUUCAAGCUCGUCAUCAACGCGCUGACGUGGGUACUCAUGAUCGACUACUACGUCACCAAAUACGACGACCCAUCCGCAUCGCGUACCAGCACCAACUGGCACAUCGUAUGGCCUUUCCUGAUCCCCUUACGCAACACGGCUCUCUUCUUCGCCCAACUCUACUCCGUCUACAUCAUCCACGUCAUCGCGUCGCAGCACGAGGGGCGCGCGCGCGCGCUCCACUUGGGGCGCCGCGCUGGCGCCGCCAAUCCCAGCGGUGGCGACACCUCGUCCGGUGAUGACGUCAGCGAGCCCGGGGGGGGGAAGGUGACGUGGCAGCCGGAGGGCACGCCCAACGAGGAGAAGAAGAUGCCUGCUUUUGAGCGGAGCCGGAGCGCGCCGGCGGCCGCGCGGUUUGCACGCCAGCCUACUUCGCACUGCGAGCACACGUUUGCGCGCCAGGCGGGCGAGCGACAGGAUCCGCGACGCGUUCGACCAAGACAUGGAGAUCGUCGGCUCGACAUGGGCGGCGCAAUGGGAAAGAAGACGCACUUUGUGGCUUUGCAAGUUCUCUUGCUGAGCUUUCUCGUCAGCGCGCAAGGCCAGAACUCCAGCUGCGCCUCUGGUCAACUCCGCGUUAGGGGUUUCGCCAAGACUCUCACCUAUGUUGUAGCAGAGCAGCAGGGGUUCUUUGCCGGGGAGGGCCUCUCGCUGUGCUUUACCCAGGUAACUGGCUCCAUCGCUCAAUUCAACGACUUCAAGGCCGGCAAGUAUGACAUCCUAUCAUCAGCGCCCGACAACUAUAUCAACCGCUUUGUGAACGAGAACCUCCCGCUCCAGAUCUUCGCGGAGUCGGGCGAGAGCGAGGGCAUUACGAUGCCCGUUGGCGGAACCCCGGCGCGCGUCGCCGCACUCGUCGCGGGACAGACCCCCACCGGCACCCCCGGCUACGGCACGAUGGUUACUCCCGCCGCUAGUUAUGACGUCCCGCGCCUCACCAACGGCACGUGCCAGAUCAUCGCAGACUUUGAUACGCUAUGGGCGCCUCGCAAGUACUCGCAGACGGCGUGGGCCGCAGACCGGGGCUUGCUGGCUGCGAACCAAGACACCGUGCAGCGCUUCCUGAGGGCGUAUAUACGCGCGGGGCAGUUUAUACUCGACUCCGCCAAUAAGCAGGCGACGGUCGCCGGGCUGGCCCAGAGCAAUGGGAUCUCCCUUACGGCUGCGCAGCAGUACUUCGACGACAGCUUCGCGCGUUACGGCCAGACCAUCUUGGGCAAGAUCGACAAGAAGUCGAUCCAGGGCGUCGUGGACCUGCGUAACAUGUUCGGCGGGUUUCGAGUCCCGGUUGAUAGCGCCGCACUAGUUAAGGAGUCGCUGCACCACGGGCUGAUCACGUCCGAGUACUGGGGCGAGCCAUACGCGGCGCUGCGUGCUUGAGUCGAGUAGUACUUAGAAAUGGGCUGUGUGCUCUCAGGGCUUUCGCGUUUGGGCUUGUAACGUCCUACUUUUCACCAGAUUUUAGAGUCGCGCGUCAGAGUGUUGUGAAUAUGUGAAGUCACUGGCAUGCAGGUUUAAAAUCG